UUAAUUUAAUUAAAACAUAAAUACAAGUGAACUCUAUGUGUGGGUGAUAACAUCCAUGGGUGACAGCUGCCUGUCUGGGACACAUACCUUCCAUUUUCCUGAUCGUCUCCUGUGGGCUCUUCACCUUCAACUAUUAUUUGACUCAACAUUACACACAAAAGAAAAGCCUCACUGGACAAAGUGAACCAACAGUUGCCUCAAAUUUCCUCAAGGUUAAGUUCAGGAGUAAAAGGUAUGUAGUUUUAAAAUAUUCAUUCAUUCAGUCUCCUCCAAGGCUAGGCUAGGCUAGGCUAGGCUAGGCUAGGCUAGGCUAAGCUAACAUGCUAAUUUCUCUCACUCACUUCUUCUUUAGGCCUUCUCAGAAGCUCCGCUCCCUUUGAGGUAGUUAUAUAUAUAAAACUAUAUAAUACAUAUAUCUAGGAGCAGCCUGGUCACUGUAAAAAAAAUACAUAAAGAAAACAUAAAGAAAGUAAUACUGUUUAUGUUUUAUGUCACUCCUGAAACUCCAAAAAAUGCUUUACUUAGAUAAUAUCACCAAAAGGGAGCUGUGUAUCCUUUCAAAUAUAAAUCAAUGUAUAUAAAUAGAAAAGUAUUUGGUUCAGUACUUUUGUUUUCAUUCCUCCUGGCAAAAACACCUGCAGCAAGUUAUCUUCCACUGGUUUUUACUCUCACUACAAAUGAUGUCAUCUGUAAACAUUGUGGUCUGCAGAGACUCUUUCCUGACCGCUUUUGUCAUCCUUUCCACCACAAGUGCAAAAAGACUUCCACCUGUACUCAAUCCUGAACACAUCUGCCACUCAGACUGCACACUUUACCACAGUUUCAGGGUCCUUAAACAUGUCCUGCACCACCACUGGAGUGACUUGUACUGUUUGUCAGACCAGUUGUCCCCAUGAGGAAAAAUUCAUCAUUAAUCACCCUCAGCUGUAUUUUUGGUCUGGUUCCGGUCUGACAGAUUGGUCGGACUCUGAGGUGGACUCACACUCAUCCUGUUUAUGUUAAUGAUAGCUCCACAGUCUGUAGUGAGUCAGUCUUACUGUGAACAUCAGUGUAAUGUUUUGGCAGCUCACUUAUAAUCAGUCUGAGAACCAGGUCUGUUCCAGACAUUUCUUCAGCUCAUACAAACCAGAGGGGAAUCGUGAGACGACGUGUCAUUUUUGAAUUCGAGUUUAGCCUAGUUUUUAGUGAUAAAAUAUAAGUAGUGACCAUAUAUGCUUUGUGACCCCCUCACUUAAAGGGUCAGCCAUUAUAUCAGGCUUUAAACACACCACCUCAUGUCAGCGUCAUAACCACAGAAGCCCUGGAGGGUGUUUGACUUGGUGUAGACAGCCGGGCUAAUGUAUUUUUCUCCUCUCAGCUCAUGUUAAGCUGUGCAAACCUAAAGCACCACAAGACUGGAAAAAGAGGGAGGAGAGGGAAAAAAAGUGGGGAAGAGUGGAGGGUGGAGGUGUGAGUGUGUCUGAGAGUGGAAAUGGGCAGUAGUGGGGAGGAAUGUGAAACAUUUCUGAUGCCGGUCCAGUGGAUGUUUACACGGUAGUCAGCCCGUGACAUCAGAGUCCAGACUUUAUAAAUGUCAGCAGGCACAAGAAUGAGCAGUUAGCAAACAACUGCACCGGUCACACCAUCCCAUCACACUGAGCUCCAUCAGCUGCAGCCCCCAUGGAUCGACUGCUGUGUGACUGUGUUAUUGCUGCUGUCCUGCUGUGUGUGGCCACACAGGUGUUCUGCCAACUGUGUGACGGCCCCUGCCUCUGCCCAGCUUCUGCCCCGCAGUGCCCUGUCGGAGUCCCUCUGGUGCCGGACGGCUGCAGCUGCUGCCAGGUGUGUGCCAGGCAGAGAGGAGAGUCCUGCACCAAGACGUUUCCCUGUGACAGCCGGAGAGGACUGCAGUGUGACUACAGCGCCAGCUUUCCUGGAGACCCCGGGGAGUGUGUCAGUCAGGAGGAUCUGAGCUGCGAGGUUAACGGCGUCACUUACCAUGACGGUCAGUCAUUCCAACCGUCCUGUGACACUUACUGCCACUGCAGAGGAGGAGGGGUCAGCUGUGUGCCCACCUGUCCCAUGGACGGCCGUCUUCCCACUCCGGACUGUCCCCAUCCACAACAUGUGCGAUUACCAGGAAAAUGCUGCAAAGAGUGGGUGUGUGAAAACCUCGAGAACACCGUCAUUCACGACGCCAUCAAAGCCAUGAGGCCGGACAGGUGGUGGCCCUCCCUGCCAAGGAGUCACCCUCAGAACAAGUUGGUCCUUCCUGCCUCCCCCUGUGUGGAGCAGAGCACGCAGUGGUCUCCGUGCUCCCAGAGCUGCGGUGCAGGAGUGUCCACGCGGGUCUCCAACCAGAACUCAGCCUGCAAGCUGCAGCUGGAGACUCGGCUUUGUAAAGUGCGGCCCUGCAGCGGCGGUCCACCUGUACCUGGUGAACACAUGUGGGGACAGCAGGGGCAGUGCCAGGAGAGCUACACAACACCGGGGCCCAUCCGUCUCGUUCACCACGGCUGCUAUAGCACGCGCACUUACCGCCUGAAAUACUGUGGUCAGUGCACCGACUCUCGCUGCUGCACUCCUCAGCAAACCUCCACCACUGAGGUGACCUUCCGCUGCUUCUCGGGCCGCAUGGUUAAGAGAGCAGUGAUGUUGAUCCACUCGUGUGCCUGUCACAACAACUGCCCUUACGCUCCGUUCAGAAACCCGGCCUUUUGGGCUUAUAGGCCCUGAGCCACAAUCACAUCGGUGGUUGUUAUGGAAACUGUAUGGUGCGAGAUCCCUUAGGCAACAAUCUCGCCUUCAAGUGACAUUAUUUUGUAUAUACUGUAUAAACUUGGACUGAUACGACAUAAUACUCUUCACACGUGAGCAAACCUCUCCCUGCACUCAGUCAUAACUUUUAUAUAUUUGCACCAAUACCCAAGUACAGGUACUGUAGUACUAGAUCUAAGUAUGUUUUGCAGGUUUUAUGUAGCAAUAAUAUUAUUCAAAUAAUAAAUAAAUAAAAUAAGUCUGAAAAGUAGUCAAAUAAAAAGAGCCAGUCUGAACCAAAGGACCCGUGAUCUUUAGGAUUCUCUUUAAAGAUUUGCACUGACGCACACUAUGAGUUUGUUGUAAGAUUGUCUCUUGGAUAUAAAAUGCAGUAAAUCACAUAUAACAGAGCUACUGGAUUAUAUGUGAAUGCUCUUGAAUGGUCAAAGAAAAUGUUGGACUAAUAGCCCACAUUUACACAGAUUUCCUUCAAUCUCACCAGCGGAAAAAGAAGUUUAUGAACAUUCCCAACCCCUCGGCACAGACCAGUUAUUCCAUGAAUUCUGCAGUGAACACAGCUGGCCAGGGUGUGACCUCAGUCAUGAAGAUAGUUUCACAGAUACUCAUAGACAUAUUUUGAGUAUCGUCAAAGAUCAAUUGAAAAUAAAUAAUAAUUUAUCAAAUAAAUUCUCAUAAAUGACUCCAACCUCUGUGUUGAAGGACCAUGUCUGAUAUGCCCUACUUUUCUUAUGUAUAUACUGUAUAUCUCUACACUGUGUGUGUGUGAGUGUGUGUGUGUUGGUAUUUGUGGGUUGUGUUUGUAACUUUGCACUUAUUUUUUUUCUUGAGGCUUUCAUUGUAAAUAACCAUGGAUGGUUUUUCUUUUCUUUAUAAUUAAAAUGUCCCUCGUCAUAACAUUUGGUUCAACUGUUUUUAUUUCCUGGUCAAACACGUGUGUUAUUUUUGGACAUACUGUUACUUGGUAACUGCUAGUCCAAUAAUACUUUACAUUGAUUUCGCUACAAUAAAACACAAAGUACUACGAUCAAUUUAAUGUCCACAGUUCAAUACAUGUUUAAAUGAAUUUGUUGCGUGACCGUUUACUACAAACUGAAAUCA